AUGCAUCUCAUCGUGCACCAGUCCUUGGUAGAAGUUGACGAGUUUAUUUCUGAGGCAGCCCGUGCAUUUCCCAAUGUGUUCAAAGGAUUCAACAAGUAUAUUGCAUCCCUGUGCAAGUGCAUUAACUUCUGGCGGGAAAAUGUGAAUGACUUCGUGGAGCUUUGGGAGAAGAUACACGGACCCAAAGCGCCUGCAGAGGGAGUUAACUAUCGCCGAUAUCCGGUCAGAGUCGUGACGGGCAGAUGGGGGGCCAUUGAUGUGGCUGAAUCUUUCUUUCUUGCACGUGGGCGCAACUAUCUGCAAGAUGUGUUGUUGGCCAUGUUGAGCAAACGCAUGAAGGCAGCCAAACCCGAGGAUGCAGAACAGAGUGCACAGAAGCGUUUAAGGGCAGGAGCACAGGCAAAGAGUGUGCCGACGGCAAAGCGCAAAGAAGAUGCGACUGCGGCAUUGAUGGACGACGACUCGCGGGAUGCAUUUAAGCUGAAGCUGACAAAGUGGGCCAGUGGGGCUUUCGCUGCUGUUCGCUGCAGUUUUUUCUGGGUGCUGCUUCGACUUCAGCACGAAGUACGGGGCCCAUUGUCGUAUUUCCUUUGCUGGUGCCAGAAACACAGUAACGAUGAGUUGCUCCUGAAACUUGUGACACACCAAGCCGAUCACGUCAUGAAGAUGUUCGACAAGCUGGCACAGACAUUUGACACUUGGUUCGAUGAUGCCAUGACGGAAAUGAAAGCAGGGGAUUUGCCUCAAGACCUGGUUGGCAUGAUCAAGUCUUUCACAUUCAAGCAGUUGACGUCAGCAGCAGGCAUUGCGAAGGAGUUGCUGAGCGCAGACGACAACUUGAUGGAACUCAAUGCCAAGAAAUUGAAGUGCCUGUGUUACUCUGAAUUGGAAUUCAUCGCAAAGGAAGGGCGGUUCAAUUUCCGAGCCACAAGCGCGGGCAGCAAGCUGUAUGCCAUAUUGCGUGCCAUGAGCGCUGUAUUUCUGGGAGACACACAGCUGGUCGAAAGCAUCAACAGCAUCAUCAGAUUGAUCUCAUCCCGCUGCCCGCGAAUAGACUUACCCACACUGUCCAGCCGGCUCAUCGUUAAGAAAUCUUGUGCUUUUGCCAGGGCAACCGGUGAAGGUGUAGAUGACGACUCCGCAUGCAAGAGGUGGUCUGCUGUGAAGCGUCGUGCUGGUCCGGUGCUUCAAGACUUGCUUGGGUCAGGAGAGAAUUACAAGCCUGUCUUGGACACGCCCAACCGGUUCACGCCGACUUCGGUUGUUGAUUGGGCUCAGCUUCACGACGAUCUGGCUAACACAAACCUGUCACUCGCUUUGCCUGAUUUGAAAAUCACAGCAGCCUCACGUAUGUUGGCGGGAUCUGCGUUGGCAGCGCAUAAAGCGCAGUCACAGUUUCGACAAGAUCUUGUUGAUUCCAAAGGUCGUUUGUGGAGCACCGCGUCUCAAGGUGCCCUUCAGCUUCAAGCAAAAGCCACGGCCACACAAGAUGCAGCAGAAGUUCGUGACUGCCACGUGCUUUGCGCGACAUCUCUGAGAUCCCUCAUGGUCGUUGCGAAACUUGAGAGGACUGAUUCAGGCGAGCUCCGGCUGCAGGGCGGCAGGUUUCAGUUCACGACGAUGAAAGAGAUUCUGCAGGACAUGCUCAAGGACAACGACACCAGGGUUGCGUUGAAAGGCUUGCAUUUGUUUCGUGCACCGACUGGUGGCUUGGCUGCCUUGCAGGUAGAUGCGCUCCCGAGCGUGGGCGACGUGGGCACAGAAUCUGCGUCUUCUUCUAAAUAUUCGUUUGGAGCUGUUCUUUGCGGAGUGUCUCAUGCUGCGGGUGCGCUUGUGGAAGUUGGCGGCCAGUCCGAACCUGGGAAGCCUGCAAGCCAAAGAAAACUUCUUGGCACUGCCAGCGUUCCGGAAUCAAUCCAACAGGAAACCUGUAUGGAUGUGGAUGGUAUGGAUGAUGCUACGAUUGACGCAGAGAUUACAGAACUUGCAGACGUUGAAGCCGGGUAUGGCUUUGGAGAAGAAGAAGACAAUUCUACGGAGCAGGCAAACAAGCUGAUGGAUGAGUUGGACGACUCGGAUAUCAACAAAAGGAAUGCAUCGGCUAUUGCCGGCAUGACGGGCAAGAAUGGGCAAGUUGGGCAAGCAAGUGCACAAAGCAACAUGCUUCGUGCUUUGGAACACGCUAAGGAGCUCGUUAAAGCAAAUAACAGUGAUCGUGGCGGCAGUGCCGUCAACGUUGCAUUGACAGGUGCUGAGUUGGAAGAAGAGGCACUGUUGCUCUUGGUCAGGACUCGGCAAGAAGUGGCUUCACAGUCACAGUCAAUGCCACCGCCCAAGCUUCAGCCAAACAGAGACAACGUAGUGGCUCCUGGAAAAGCUAGAGCUUCAGCACGACCUGCGAGAGAAACCAAAUUCGAGCGCAGCCAAACUGAUUGGGACAGUGUUGCAGAUUGCUUGGGCCAAGAGGCAGGUGUUGAUGCCGAUGCCCAAGACGACAAGGAGUCUGCCUCAAACGAGGAACCGAUAGACGUCGCGCCUGAAAUGUCCGCUGUCAAGUCGAUUACGAAUGCUGUUGGUGUGGGUGCAUCCAGUUCAUCACUGGAAGGCCAAGCAGUGCGUGCCAGGCGUGAGUGGUUAGCUGCCGUGGCGCGGACAUGGGCGGCUAUCAAAGAUGCAAGGACUCGUUGUCUGCAAGACAUUGGCUUCAACGAUGAGCUAUCGCUUCUAGCCCGCAAGCCCCGUAGUGCGCCUGCAGGGGGUGGCAAACCGGAACAUCCAGGGGAGCUGCUCUUCGUCAAGUGGGUUGACGUGACAGAGAGAGUCGGCAGGUUGGUGCGCAUAGACUCGGACAACAGGGUGGUCUACUGUCCGGCUUCCAUGUUUGGUAAAUCUGUGCCAACGCAUGUUUUCAUGCAUGAUGAGUACGAUUACCUGGUGCAUGCAGUUGGAGCAACAAGCCGCAAAUACAAACGACAGCAGGGAUGCCUGCGCGAUGAGCUGCCAAGUGACGUGGUUCGUUUCCGUGCCUUUGCGCAAGUGUUGAUGACAUAUGCGAACCAGAUGCGCCCAGCAAUGGACCCAAACUUCAUCGGCGGCAUACCGGGGCUGCCGAUGCCACCAUUGCCGCAGACAAUCCAGCCGAUGUUUUUCGGGCCGCCGCCGCCGUGUCCGGGGGGGCCUUUGAGACCAGUGACGGUGUGGGUGGAUCCCAACGGCUACAUACAUCCACCUCCUCCUCCUGGUGCACCUUACGGUCCAGUGAUGCAAAGGAGGGACACGGAUGGAGAUGAUGAACCUGUCCGGCGACCUCAGCCGCCUAAGUAUCCGCCACCUGGCUGGCCUAAGCAGUCACCACCUCAACCAGAGUCAGAUCAGCACCCACCCCCGCAAAACCUGACACCUGCGGAGCAGUUCAACCCACUGUACGCACGGGCUCAGCAGAAGGCGACUGCAGACCCGAAGCCGCCGGUGCCACCACCUCCUCCACCUCCGGGGCCUCCGGGAGAUGAUGUUCUUGGUGAGCUUGCUCGCGACACUGCUCGGCCUCGAAAACCUACCGCCAUGGAUGUGCCGACUCCGCUUCCUCCGGAUGAGUCGGAGUCGAGUGCGCGGCCGCGACCGAAGACGGCGACGAAGGUUGCUUCGAAAACGCCGGAGUCGACGGACUCGAAGGAGGAGAAGGAGUCGGGCCGUACUACGUCAGAUGCUCGCGACAGUGAUGAUGACAACGAGGCGCCGGAGACGCCUAAGCAUGAAGCCGAGUCUGUGGAGCAGGCGGAGGCGUCGCAGGAGAAGCCGGCGAAGCCUGAGCGGACAGAGCGACGUGGCAGAAGCAGUGGGCGCAAUCGGCGGACUGAGGCUGCGGAGCGGAUGGACAAGCCAGCGCGCAAGCGUGUGAGGAGCGACGCCGAGAAGCUUGACCGGAAGGCGCCCAAGAAGCCGGCCAAGACCAAGAAGGACUCCAAGGACCACAAGAAGGCAGUCGACAAGAGUGGCGACAAGAAGCCCAAGGAGCCCAAGGAGAAGCGGACGAAGGCAAGUUCGCACAGCAAGCCGCCUUCUCCCACAUCACCGGCCUCGCCGUCCUCGCCGCCCCCGUCUUCUGCUUCUGCUGAUGAUGGUGAAGGCGGUCCGGCCAGAGACCCUCGCAGGCGCCGCAAAGCUUUGGUGGUGGCGGAGCCGGACUGCGAGACGGAGCCACCGCCUGCAGCUUUUACUCCCAGUCGGAGUCCUACGGACAUGUUCGACGAUAAGUCUCUGGAGUAUGCAAUGGACCCUGAGAUUGAGGCGGGCUCACAGUGGCAUUGCAUUCGUUCUUGA